AUGUGUGCCAUCGGUUGUUUGCUCGCAUUAGCCGCGGCGAUCCUAAUUGUUGUAUAUCACACGAAUUGGCUUGAAAAUACUCUGGGAAAAUGCCAAAGUGCAGUCGAUAAUGCGAACACAGCGGGAAACAGCAGUACAGACAGACCUGGUGGUGGGUCGAUAGAACCUAGUGACCGCGACGUAAAUACAGAGAGACAACAAGCAGCACAGGAUCCAGAAAAACAAGAAUCUGAAGUUUCUCGGGUCCGAACACCUCCAUCCGCUCUAAAACGGCUCGAUGAUUUGUAUAAACAAGAAUUUACAGACAAACCACAACAGCUAGAACAACCAAAACCCCCAGACCAACCAAAAUCUCCAGAUACAUUAGGGGAACAAAGUCCAACUGUAACAGAAAGCCUAGAAGUUACCCGAACCACAAGAGUGACCGAUACAAAAGAGCCCUUGACAAUGGUAACCGAGAAGAGUAAUUUCGAGCGUGCUGGUAAUCAUCCUGAAGAAGAGCAGUACAUUUCACUGGAUAGCGCCAAUUUCAUCGAGGUCCACGAAACAACAUCUAAUGUUUAUACGGACACACAGACUAAUAAUUUGAGUGUAAAAGAAUUCGUAAAGGAAAAGCAGAGUAUGAGUAAAGUGUUGACGCUGCUAGAAGAAAUUUUAACAAAUAUGAGUGAAAAAAAAGCCAAAGAC